CAUGACUUCUCUCACUGUACGUAGUAUUUGCCAUAGAACACACAACUACACAUAGCUAUCCCUACAGUUCACGGAAUAUUCACCCACCAGCUUAUCAUGUCUCAAAGCAGGUACACGGCUUUUCAAAGGCACCUCCUCUUCUUCUCUACUCCUACGACUCCACCAAGACUCACCUUCCUAUCUGCCUUGCGAGCAGCCGUCUCACUAGGUCUCGAUUUCCCUGUGGCAGUAGUCCUGAGCUUCUCUUUGCGACUACUAUAUGCGCCAUUACCAUACAUAUGGUCGCCCAUCAUCGUUGACAAGAUCCCACAUUCAGCGCACCGCACCCAACUUACCUCUGCUUCUCUUUCCAAAGACAAAUCAGAGUACACCUGCUCGGAACUCCUCCAAUUACUCGGUUCUUCUGAAGCUGGACAUGGCCUGGUAAAGCGCUUAAUCGAUCAGGGUCAUAUCGUUGGUUUUUGGACUAUGACGGCUAAUGCGCGCACGCACACGGUCAGUAGGGAGGAUGUGCGGCGUUUUCAGCAAGGGGAGUGGGAAGUGCCGGUCGCCACGAGGAGGCAAGGACGGGAUGAUGUAAUACCGUUAUGGCGAGGCGGGCCGAUUUGGGCGGGAGGGCAUAGUUGGGCUAUGAAAAAGUUGAUCGGUGUGAGGGUAUACGAGGUCAAGCAGCAAUGA